CCUCAUCAGACGAUCAUCAUCGUCCGAAGCAGCAAUUCAAGCGCUUGGACUUGAUAAGAAUCUUCAUCCCUCGUUCGUUGGAUAGCUGUGCAGUCGUAACUACAGUGCUCCCCGAACUAUCCAGUGUUUGCCCAACGGCAACGGCAGAAAAAUCAGAAAAGUCGAAAUGCUAAGGCCAAACAAAAUUGCGAGAGAGGAGAGGCUAGAGUGCGUUUGGGUUUGACUACCGUUUGGCCCGCGUCGGUUCUCUUAAGUGUGCGAGUGACGUUAUCGUCGGUCAGAUGCACGGCCGACGGCGUUCUUCUGCUCCUCACGCUCAGAUGGUGGGGACGGAACCUGAUGCUUAUCCUCUCCUCCAUCCCAAUUUAAUCCCCUCCUCCACUUCCGGCGUACCUUAGCGUCUCUAUCUCUUGCCAACGCUUAACGUUGUCAUUCACAUUCAACCGCCCGGAAUACCUCCCUCCCGUUCCGAUCAUCCCCAGCGACGGUCUUUGUUCGGAAACACCAGCUGAGCUUAUUAGCUGAUGAUGCGGGACUCGAUGGACGACCACGCUGCUCAUAACAUCGUCCGACCCCACCACCACCAUCACCCGCUCCACUCUUUUCCUCACGGUGGCGGUGGAGGUGGUCGGGAAGACUGCUGGAGUGAGGGCGCAACCGCAACCCUAAUCGAGGCUUGGGGCAACCGUUAUCUACAUCUCAGCCGUGGCAACCUCCGUCAGAAAGACUGGAAGGAGGUUGCCGAUGCCGUUAAUGGCCGUCAAGAUGGCCUUAAGUCACGUAAAACGGAUAUCCAAUGCAAGAACCGGAUCGACACCUUGAAGAAGAAGUACAAGCUCGAGAAAUCCAAGCCCGGUCCUUCGAAGUGGCCUUUCUAUUCCCGUCUUGAUCAGCUAAUCGGCACCACCGCGACGGCGACAAACAAGAAGAUCACGCCACACCCGCUUCCUUCUUUUCAUAAGUCCGCUCCCGUCUCCUUCACCCUUAAGCAAAGUAAAGAUAAGAUAAACCCUAACCCUAACGCUGCAGUGUAUUCUGGUGGAUCUUCUUCCAAGUCUAAGCUGAACUCCGCGGGUUCUACCGAGAGUUCUCGAGGCGGUAGCGGUGACGAAAGGGAUGACGAUAUGGUGUUUGAUGAAAGCGUUAAGAAGCGUCAGAUAGAUCGAGAUUCAUCCGAUGCAGCCGCGUUUAGGGAGUUGGCGAGGGCUAUUCUUAAGUUCGGCGAGAUUUACGAGAGAAUUGAGAGUUCGAAGCAAGAGCAGAUAAUGGAGCUGGAGAGACAGAGGAUGGAGUUCACCAAGGAUCUCGAGUUCCAGAGGAUGCAUAUGUUUAUGGAAGCUCAGCUUGAGCUUGAAAAGAUGAAGCGCCCCAAGUAUUCUUCCGGCACAGUUUGUGACCUUAGAGGUCAGUUCCGGGAAUUUAUUCAGAAGGGGCUUGAAGCUAGUCUGCUGGGCCAUCAUAAUAGCAAGUCUGUCCUGUUCAUGACAAUCCUGAUCUCCAGACUCCGUUUUAACUGGGGAAGAAAUUAUAGCUGGAAUGACUGGGGAAAGCUUCAUGUUGGGAGUAUAACUAGCAGAUGGCUCGUGCAAAAGAUUUCAACCUUUUAAAUCUCGACUGCAAACAACACACAUCAUCAGGCAGACACUUUCAGUUAUUUUGAGUUUUGACCCAUUUGAGACGGUAUGCCCAUGUCAUUUCUACGUUCACAGGGGCACACUUGUACAUGCACGUAUAUUUACGACUCUCAGGUGCAACUUAGCUUGUGUAACUUUACUUUUUUGUCUAGUUUCAAAGUUUGUCAAUUUCAAGAUUUAAGACACCAAAGCUGUGGGUAUUUAUGUCAUAAAGUGCUAGUGAUGCUGCGAGCAGGUGAUAUCAUUCAACAGUGUCUACUGUUGCAUGUUUUAUCAAAAUGAGAAAGCAAGGAUUUGUGUACAAGAACAAAACUUGUAUUUGGAGAGUGCUAUCGUUGCCAACCAGAGAUUCUGCAUUUUGUUUAAAAUGUGACACAGAUGAAGAAGCGCCAUGGACUGCCCAGGACCCAGGCCGGAGGAAUCUAAUGGACCUUCUCCAUUGGUAGUUCAAACUUCAAUGAGCUUUCAGAUCAGGUCGUCAGGAACCAUUUGCUUGGUUUUUGAGAUUUCAAUACUCGUACAAAAUGCCAUCUGUAGUUAUAUACAACGUGCUUUUUUUUCGGGUUAUUCACAUGUGGAGCUUUUUGUCUCCCGAUAUUUCCUUUUAA